GGACAAUGGAAAUUCUAUUUGGGUAAAAAUGCAAAGCCGAGGAAAGUGCGUUGGAUAAUUCAACAUGUCCGACUCCGAAGAGGACGAGACAACCGUGCAGCAUGUGAAUAUCGUUUUUAUCGGUGAGCCGAAUGUUGGAAAAACCAGUUUGAUAAGACGUUUCUGUUACGAGGAUUUCCUACGGCAGUACACGCCAACGACAGGGGCGGACUUUUAUAUCAAACGUAUAAUGCUUCCGACUGCAAAUCCCAUCGGGAAUAAACAGGAAAUUGUUUUGAAACUUACAGAUAUUGGUGGAAAAGAAAGAAAAGCACAUAUGCUUGAUAAAUAUUUAUUCAAAGCAGAUAUGAUUGUAUUGGUUUAUGAUAUAACUAACGCUGAAAGUUUUGAAAAUAUGUGCGCGUGGAUCGAUACCAUCGGUUCACUGAUCACUAGUCCGCCCCUGAGCGCAAUAAUAGGCAACAAGUGCGACUUGGAGCAUCAACGCGGUGUGCGAUUGGACAGGACACGGCAAUUUGUGAAAGAAAACGGUUUUUAUAAUUAUCUUACUUCGGCGAAAACUGGGGAAGCGACUAAUUCAUGUAUUGUUGAGUUGGUUGCGAAAUAUGUAGGGGUGCCGUUGACAAAACUGCAGAAAGAAGAGAAUGCUGUUUUGAAAGUUGAGCUUCAUGUUGCUGAUAAAUUGGCGGAAUCUGUUGCGAGAAGAAAGGCACAUGAGCAACAAACAAAGAGUAGUACUGUUUGUUUGAUUCAAUAAAUAAAAGAAUUAUGAUAUCACUAA